CCCUUCCGGCCCCGCACGCGGGGGCUUCGUGGGUUGCGGGGCCUCCGGAGACCGGGCCGGGGAGGGCCAGGCUGGGGCGGGGCUGGGCGGGGCGCGCAGGGCUGCAGGCUGGGGGAGGGCUGUGGGAGCUGAGCGCUGCCGGGGACUACAGCAGGUGCAGCCGAGCUGACGGACGGACGGACGGGGUCAUGGACACGGGCGGCGCGAGACUCGGCUGCCUCCUGGCCGGCCUGGCCUUCCUGCUCACAGGGGCUGGAGGCUCUGAGGCAGAGCAUCGCCUGUUCAAUCGGCUGUUUCAGGGCUAUAAUGAAAUCAUCCGGCCGGUAGCCAAUGUGUCUGACCCGGUCAUUAUCCAAUUUGAGGUGUCCAUGUCCCAACUGGUAAAAGUGGAUGAAGUUAACCAGAUUAUGGAAACCAACCUCUGGCUGAAACACAUCUGGAAUGACUACAAGCUGAAGUGGAAUCCAGCAGACUACGAUGGGGCUCAGUUCAUGCGUGUGCCCUCCCAGAAAAUAUGGAAGCCUGACAUCGUGCUAUACAAUAAUGCAGUUGGGGAUUUCCAAGUUGAUGACAAGACCAAGGCCCUGUUGAAAUACACAGGAGAAGUGACUUGGAUCCCUCCCGCCAUCUUUAAGAGUUCUUGCAAAAUUGACGUAACUUACUUCCCAUUUGACUACCAAAAUUGCACCAUGAAGUUUGGUUCCUGGUCCUAUGAUAAAGCUAAAAUCGACCUGGUCUUGAUUGGCUCCUCGAUGAACCUCAAAGACUAUUGGGAAAGUGGUGAAUGGGCCAUUAUCAAUGCCCCUGGGUACAAACAUGACAUCAAGUACAACUGUUGUGAAGAGAUAUAUACUGACAUCACUUACUCUCUUUACAUCAGGCGCCUGCCUCUGUUCUAUACCAUCAACAUGAUCAUUCCCUGCCUCCUGAUUUCUUUUCUGACAGUGCUGGUGUUCUACCUGCCUUCCGACUGUGGGGAGAAAGUGACCCUCUGCAUCUCGGUCCUUUUGUCCCUGACCGUGUUCCUCUUGGUGAUCACUGAAACCAUCCCUUCCACAUCUCUGGUCAUUCCCCUGAUUGGGGAAUACCUCCUGUUCACCAUGAUUUUUGUCACCCUCUCUAUUGUCAUUACUGUCUUUGUUCUCAAUGUACACUACCGUACCCCUAAGACCCAUACAAUGCCCCAAUGGGUGAAGACCAUAUUCCUGAACUGGCUGCCCAAAAUCAUGUUCAUGGCCAGACCUGCCAGCAGCGAGGAGGCUUCUCAGAGGUGCAGGCCAUUCUCUAGCGCUGAGCUCUCCAACCUCAACUGCUUCAGGGGUUCAGAAGCAAAAUGCUGCAAGGGGGGCUCGACUUGUCAGGAUGGGGCAUGUGGAGUCUGCCGCCACCAGAGGAUCAAGCUCUCCAACCUGAGCUCCAACCUUCCAAGGAGCUCCAGCUCAGAAUCCGUGGAUGCCAUGCUUUCCUUCUCAGUUCUGUCUCCAGAAAUGAAAGAUGCGAUUGAAAGCGUCAAAUACAUUGCUGAAAAUAUGAAAGCACAGAACGAGGCCAAAGAGAUUCAAGAUGACUGGAAAUAUGUUGCCAUGGUCAUUGACCGCAUCUUCCUGUGGAUUUUCAUUCUGGUUUGUAUUUUGGGAACAGCAGGGUUGUUUUUGCAACCUCUGAUGACUGGAGAUGAUGUAUAGCCACAGGAUCACAUCAGUCAGGAAGGCCUUUGUGACUCUCCCUGCCAAAGCUUGACCUGCUGCUGUUCCAUUGUCCAAGAGCUCACUUUAAGGGAAUAGACGUCUCUCUAAUGCUACUGUCAUCCACAUACCUCCUUUGUUUUUGGCUAGUAAACUUUCCUUUUUAACUUA